AUGAUGAAGACAUGUUGGGUGAUCCUGUGGUCGCUCUGGGCAGCUCGUCUAGUGAGGCAGCCAACGAUGCCGGUCCGAGUGACCGGUGGCUGGCUACGAGGAGAUGUUGCUCAUGAUGGAUCUCACAAGAGGUAUAUGGCAGUGCCUUACGCGAGUCAUCCCGCCAAAAGAUAUCUGGCUCCCGGUCCUGAACCCAGAUGGCAAGGUGUGUUUGAUGCAAUAAAUGAAAAUGUGCAAUGUUUACAAGAUCCUAGAAUAGGAAAGCUUGUAGGGGAAAAAGAAUGUCUUGUUGUAAAUAUUUAUACCCCAAUGGAUGCGAGAGUUGGGACAAAAUAUCCAGUCAUGGUGUUCAUACAUGGAGGAGGUUUCUUAGAAGGUUCCGGUGGCAGCGCUAUGUAUAGUACAUAUUUUCUAGUCACUAAAGGUGUUAUUGUCAUCACUAUAAACUAUAGACUCAAUAUCCAGGGAUUUGGAUGUUUGAGGAUAAAAGAAGCUCCUGGAAACGCUGGAAUGAAAGAUCAGGUAGCUGCUCUAAGGUGGAUUCAAAGAAAUAUUGAAGUAUUUGGAGGAGACCCCAACAGUGUCACUAUUUUUGGAGAAAGUGCUGGAGCGGCAUCCGUAUCCUUACAUAUACUUUCCCCAAUGUCUAAAGAUUUAUUCCAUAAAGCUAUCAUGCAGAGCGGAUCUGCUUUGGCAUCAUGGGCAAUACAAUUCAAACCAGUUUUUAUGGCUAGUCUAUUAACAAAAGUAAUGGGAUACUCAACUAUAGAUCCCUAUGAAAUUUACAAAAUAUUGAUUACAAAAUCUGAUGAAGAUUUAAUAUUAACUAAAAUACCUAGAAAAGAAAAUAACAUUAUUUUAUCCGAAUGCCUUUAUUCACCAUGCGUAGAACAUUUAAUAGAUGGUGUCGAGCCUUUUUUAACAGAUAUGCCAUAUAACUUGCUUUCUAAAGGAGCAUAUAAUAAAGUUCCAAUAAUGAUUGGUUUUAAUUAUGCGGAAGGAUUAUUUUUCGCAAACAUGGAAACCGAAGGAAUGAUACCUAAAAUAAUGCUAGAGAAGUCAUUACCGAAAAAUUUAGAAAUACCACAUGAAAAGCAUAAUGAAAUUGGCGAAAAACUAAUGAAGUUUUAUGGGGCUAAUGAAAAAAUAUCGCCUGAAAAUUUGGCAAAUAUUUCAAGAUUCUAUGGUGAAGCAUAUUUUACUGUACCAAUUUUGGAAGAGACCGAAAUGUAUAUGGAGACGAAUAACCAUCCUGUAUAUAGCUAUAUUUUUAAAUACGAGGGCUGGAGAAAUUUUUUUAAAAAAACAUUACGAAAAGAGCUUAAGAAUAAACCAGGUGCUACUCAUGCUGAUGAUAUUUUCUACUUGUUCAAUAUGCCAACUGUCCCAUCGUUAUUUGAAAACGAGAUGAUAGAUAGAAUGACGACGAUGUGGACAAACUUUGCAAAGUAUGGGGAUCCUACACCAGAAAUAUCUGAUAUACUACCAGUGAAAUGGCUACCAGCAAACAAAACCUCUCCUUAUUCCUUCGUCAUCGACAAGGAGUUCUCCACCACUCCUCUGUGGACCACUGAUUCUCUCAAAUAUAUACGAGAAUUGUUUGCCAAGUACAGAAGAAAAAAGGAC